AUGAAAUAUUCAUCCAAUAAGCUUGUCAAUCAAACUAGCUACUCAUUUAAGACUUCAAUUAUUCUAAACAUCUAUCUAAUCCUUUUAAUGAUGAGCAGAGUUGAAUGCUAAUCAAGUUAUAAUAACAUAACUUUGUCGGAUUUACUGGAGCCUUCUGCUGUAGGCUUAUGCCAUAAAUGCUUCCUAUAAAAUGACUCUUCAAUGUAUGUUUAAGAUAAGCCAAGUUGCUAUGUAGUUCUUAAUGGUUAGAAAUACGUACCUCCAGCAUUUAAAUAGAUCAAGCAGAAAGAUUGCUAUAACUUAGGAGACUAUUAUACAGUUGCUAAUCAAUAUUGCACUGGACAAAUAACUAGUCUAUUCUCUUGCACUGGAAACUGUGCAUAGACUGAUGUAGAAAAGAAUGUAAUGUAUGCAGGAUAAACGUAUACAAUCUCAGCGGAUUCUCGCUGCCAAUAUAAAUUAUUUUUGUCUAAUGAUUACAACGACACGGCUCUUAAGACUUAGAAAAUGACUUAUAUUGACUAAAAAGAUUCUAAUAUCACUUUCUUUAUCAGAAGGAAUUUCCAAUACUACGACUCAACAUAUAACUUUUAGUUAGUAGAAUUCAAUAUCGCCAAUCCAAUAUACAAUGCUAGCUAUAUUUUAGUGGUUAAUACUGGCAACAAAGCAUAAACCUUUAAAUUAAAAACUAUUACAGGUGGUGCUACAGGAGGAAGUGGAAAUACUGGAAAUAACACAGAUACAGGUAACAAUGGUACUGGUAAUAACACUACCACAGAUGGUAAUAAUACUAAUGGAGGAAAUUCAUCAAAUGGUACUGCAGGAAAUAACAGCACAAAUAAUAACAAUACUAAUAAUGGAACAAAUAACAACGGAACUGGCAGCAAUAAUGGUUCAAAUAAUUCUAAUUCUACUAACAAUAAUACAAAUAACAAUGGUACUGGCAAUAAUGGGGGUACUCCGACACCUAACCCUAAUGUAAUGGAUUUCGAUCUCUAUAAUAGGACGAAGGCAACGACAAGUACGUAUACUAUGCUUUAACGCUUCAGGUAUCAUCCAGUUUGA